AAGAGCAGCAGCAGCGCGCGCCGGGGCUCGUUGGGCUUCCUGGCCAUGGAGAGGAGAUCCGGACCCGGGGACGCCCGGAGCCCUGCUCUGUCCCUUCGCAUCGCUGCGUAGGCACCUGAGUCAACCGACGCCGAGCGGGGGAGGGGAAGAUAAAUUGAUUGAAUGCUGUGCAGAUCCCUUCCACCUUGAGCUACUAUUUGAGAGUGACAGGGUAUCAUGAAUGCCGCUGGUUCCAGGGGCCACUCCCCUGCAUUCCUACAGCCUCAGAAUGGAAACAGCCAUCGCUCACCUGGUUAUGUUCCAGGGAAGGUUGUCCCCCUGCGUCCCCCGCCUCCUCCAAAGAGCCAAGCUUCGGCCAAAUUUACCUCCGUCAGACAAGAAGCCCAGGCUACCUUCGCAUUCUCACCGGAAGAACAGCAAAACCAGAGAGAAAGCCGAAAGCACAAGAGACACAAAAAUACUUUCAUUUGCUUUGCUGUUACUAGUUUCUCAUUUUUUGUUGCACUUGCAGUCAUUUUAGGAAUAUCCUCAAAAUAUGCUCCAGAUGAGAAUUGUCCAGAUCAAAACCCUCGUCUCAGGAACUGGGAUCCAGGACAAGAUUCUACAAAACACAUUGUUAUUAAGGAGGGAGAUAUGUUCCGUCUGAUCUCAGAUGUCACGGUGAAUUCUAUAGUCAUUCAGGAUGGAGGACUUCUUGUCUUUGGGGAUGAUAAAGAUGGAUCCAGAAACAUUACUUUGAGGACUCGUUACAUCCUGAUUCAGGAUGGUGGGGCGCUUCAUAUUGGAGCAGAAAAAUGCCGCUAUAAAUCCAAAGCGACCAUUGCCUUGUAUGGCAAGUCAGAUGAAGGUGAAAAUCUGCCAACAUUUGGCAAAAAGUUCAUCGGUGUGGAGGCUGGCGGGACACUGGAGCUCCAUGGGGCACAGAAGACAACAUGGACGUUGUUGGCGAGGACGCUGCAUUCCUCGGGCUUGCCAUUUGGGUCCUACACCUUUGAGAAGGACUUUUCCCGGGGCCUCAAUGUGAGGGUCAUUGACCAAGACACGGCCAAAAUUUUGGACAACGUGAAGUUUGAUACCCAUGAGUACCACAAUGAGAGUCGGCGACUUCAAGAAUUCUUGAGAUUACAAGAUCCAGGGCGGAUUGUUGCCAUAGCUGUUGGAGAUUCAGCAGCCAAAAGCCUCUUACCAGGAACAAUCCAGGUGAUUCAGGACCGGUUGGGAAGCAAGCUGAUCCAAGGACUGGGUUACAGGCAAGCUUGGGCUUUAGUUGGUGUCAUUGAUGGUGGAAGUACUUCUUGCAAUGAAUCUGUGCGAAACUAUGAAAAUCAUAGCAGUGGUGGGAAGGCUCUUGCCCAGCGAGAGUUUUAUACUGUGGAUGGGCAGAAGUUCUCCGUGACGGCGUAUAGUGAAUGGAUUGAAGGUGUUUCUCUUUCAGGUUUCCGGGUAGAGGUUGCGGAUGGAGUGAAGCUUCAUCUGUUGGAUGAUGUUAGUAGCUGGAAACCUGGAGACCAGAUUGUGGUUGCAAGCACAGACUAUUCUAUGUACCAGGCUGAAGAGUUCACUCUUCUGCCCUGUCCCGAGUGCAGUCGCUUUCAAGUCAAAGUGAAAGAAAUCCCUCAGUUCCUGCACAUGGGUGAGAUCAUAGAUGGUGUAGACAUGAGAGCUGAGGUUGGAAUUCUCACCCGAAAUGUUGUGAUCCAAGGAGAGAUGGAGGAUUCGUGCUACGCAGAAAACCAGUGCCAGUUCUUUGAUUAUGAUACCUUUGGGGGACAUGUCAUGAUAAGGAAGAAUUUUACUUCGGUCCACCUUUCUUAUGUGGAAUUGAAGCACAUGGGUCAGCAGCAGCUGGGGCGGUAUCCUCUCCACUUCCACCUGUGUGGAGAUGUGGACUACAAAGGGGGCUACAGACCCACAACGUUCGUGGACGGUCUGUCUAUCCAUCACAGCUUCUCCAGGUGCAUCACUGUGCAUGGGACCAAUGGCUUGCUAAUAAAAGACACCAUUGGAUUUGACACACUGGGUCAUUGUUUCUUUCUGGAAGAUGGUGUUGAACAGAGAAAUACUCUGUUUCACAAUCUGGGACUCCUCACCAAGCCAGGAACUCUCCUCCCCACUGAUAGGAACAACUCCAUGUGCACUGCCAUGCGGGAUAAAGUGUUUGGGAAUUAUGUCCCUGUACCUGCUACUGACUGUAUGGCUGUGUCAACUUUCUGGAUUGCUCACCCCAAUAAUAAUCUGAUUAAUAAUGCAGCUGCAGGCUCACAGGAUGCUGGAAUAUGGUAUUUAUUUCACAAGGAACCUACUGGGGAAUCGAGUGGAUUACAGCUUUUUGCAAAACCAGAGCUCACUCCAUUGGGUAUAUUUUAUAACAACAGGGUCCAUUCGAGCUUUAAGGCUGGCUUAUUUAUUGACAAAGGUGUCAAAACAACCAACUCGAGUGCUGCUGACCCACGGGAAUACCUGUGUUUGGAUAACAGUGCAAGGUUUCGGCCUCAUCAGGAUGCAGACCCUGAAAAGCCACGUGUGGCUGCUGUGGUUGACAGGCUCAUUGCUUUUAAAAAUAAUGACAAUGGAGCUUGGGUGAGAGGAGGAGACAUUGUUGUUCAGAAUUCGGCAUUUGCAGAUAAUGGAAUAGGACUGACCUUUGCCAGUGAUGGAAGCUUCCCAAGUGAUGAGGGCUCCAGCCAGGAGGUGUCUGAAUCGCUCUUCGUUGGGGAGAGCAGGAAUUACGGCUUUCAGGGCGGUCAGAACAAGUACAUGGGCAUUGGAGGAAUAGACCAGAAGCCUCGAACAUUACCUAGAAACAGGACAUUUCCAAUUAGAGGCUUCCAGAUUUAUGAUGGGCCGAUUCAUCUCACCAGGAGCACUUUCAAAAAAUACAUGCCAACUCCGGAUAGGUACAGUAGUGCGAUUGGGUUCCUCAUGAAGAAUUCCUGGCAGAUCACCCCCAGGAAUAACAUCUCCCUCGUGAAGUUUGGUCCACAUGUCUCUCUGAAUGUCUUCUUUGGAAAGCCUGGCCCCUGGUUUGAAGAUUGUGAGCUGGAUGGUGAUAAGAACUCCAUUUUCCACGACAUCGAUGGCUCUGUGACAGGAUACAAGGAUGUGUAUGUGGGAAGAAUGGACAACUACCUGAUCCGCCAUCCGAACUGUGUGAACGUUACCAGGUGGAAUGCUGUGGUCUGCAGUGGGACCUACGCUCAGGUCUAUGUCCAGACAUGGGGCACCCAGAACCUUAUGAUGACCAUUGCACGCGAUGAGUACCCAUCCCAUCCCAUGGUGCUCCGGGGCAUUAACCAGAAGGCAGCCUUCCAGCAGUACCAGCCCGUGAUCAUGCUGGACAAGGGCUACACCAUCCACUGGAAUGGGCCGGCACCAAGGACUACUUUUCUGUACCUCAUAAACUUCAACAAGAAUGACUGGAUUCGCGUUGGCCUCUGCUAUCCGUCAAACACAAGCUUCCAGGUCUCCUUCGGCUUUUUACAGCGGCAGAAUGGCUCGCUAUCCAAAAUGGAAGAAUACGAGGCCGUGCACUCCCUGGAGGAGCUGCAGAGGAAGCAGUCCGAGAGGAAGUUCUAUUUCGACUCCAGCGUCGGGUUACUGUUUUUGUAUCUCAAAGCCAGAAGCCACAGGGAUGGCCACAGUUACUGCUCAUCUCAGGGAUGCGAAAGAGUCAGGAUCCAGGCAGCAACAGACUCAAAAGACAUCAGUAACUGCAUGGCCAGAGCGUAUCCAAAGUAUUACAGAAAACCUUCUGCAGCCAAGCGAAUGCCAGCCGUGCUCCCAGAGCUCUGUCAAGGCUGCGGCACCCGGCAGGUGGUGUUUACUAGUGACCCUCAUAAGAGCUACCUCCCCGUGCAGUUCCAGUCACCUGGUAAAGCAGAAACGCAGCGUGGAGACCCUUCUGUUAUCUCUGUCAAUGGCACCGACUUUCCCUUCCGAAGCGCAGGUGUCUUCCUUCUUGUUGUGGAUGCGUGCAGCGUUCCCUUCCGGCUGAUGGAGAAGAAGCUGUUCCUGCUUGCUGAAAUCAGCCGCGUGGAAGAGUACUUGAAAACAGGCAUCCCUCCAAGGUCCAUUGUUCUGUUGAGCACAAGAGGAGAAAUAAAGCAGUUGAAUAUUUCAGAUUUAUUAGUACCUCUCGGAUUAGCCAAACCAGCUCAUCUUUACAACAAAGGGAGUACCAUAUUCUUGGGAUUCAGUGGAAACUUUAAACCAUCAUGGACUAAGCUAUUUACCAGUCCUGCUGGGCAGGGUCUUGGGGUGCUUGAACAAUUUGUACCAUUGCAACUGAGUGACUAUGGCUGUUCCAGAACCGGCCCAGUCCGCAGAAGAGACCUGGAACUGUUAAAACAAGCUUCAAAAGCACAUUAGAGACUAACUAUAACUUAAGUGCUGGGAAAAAGAAAAUGUGAACUAACUUAUUUAAUUUAUGGCAUUUUAAAAUGACACUGUUAACCGAACAGAACCAUUUUUCUUGUUUGAUAGAGAAAGGGGAGAAAAGAAAAGAGUUUAAAGGGAUUGCUUGAAAACCGGCUCACGCACCUUCUAGUUGUAGGAAAUGUUAAAGAAUCUAUUUGUGUUUGUCAGGCUGGUGUAUUUGGAGUGCGCGUCUCUUAUUCCUCACCUGCUGCCCUAGUGUUUGGUAAUGACCGUAGCAGUGCUGUGCUUUUUGUAUAAUGUGUGGUGUGGUGGGGUCUGGUGGGGGCUUCUGAGAGGCAGCCUGAGCUCUUUAGAGGACCAGCUAUUGUAGCACCUUGGAUACUUGAAGUCUAACUGAUGCUCAGUUACGUCGUGUGGCAGUUGACCUGGGUGCCAGGCAUGUUCCUAGUGCCUGGGGCCCUGCUUUUGGGCAACCUUUGAGGAUUUUCUGUGACACCGAAUAACAGAGGUUUGAGUGGCAACCCAGGCCAAGCUUGUGCCCUUUUUUUUGCCCAGACACAUGUGCUAUUGUUAACUCAUCUGUAUAUUGUAUAUCAACUCUUUCUAAGGGUUCAGCUUUCACACAGGAAGUAUUAGGGGGCAAAAGGGCUUUUAGGGAUUAGAAAUCCCUCCAAUCAGUGACCGUGGGGCAAAAACUUGACCUGCAUCGAGGUCUGAGGUUGUUAGGACCGUUUUUGCAGCUUUAAUCCUUAGCCUGUUUUGACUGUAUAUUUGUGUUUAAAUUACAGAACUGAGCUCAAUAUUUACUUUUUUUUUGUUGUUGUUUUAAAGAAGCAGGCCAUUUUUCUCAACUGUAAACUUGGAUUGUUUCAACUUGCACAAAAGAAGUCUGUUCUUGGUGUUGCUCUUGCACCUGGGUUUGUUGUUGUGUUAAAGCUUUUCUGCUCACCAUCCUACCAGGGAAAACUCAGAAAACUUAAGGAUACCCCAGAAUGAUUGUACCUAGGGGUAGGAGGGGGAGAGGAGAACCCUUUAAGGACCAGAAUCGUGGAGGGGAUAUUCAGAAAUGAACUUCAUUAUAGCCUUAUAGGAGUGAGUCACUCUUAAUUAAUUAGAUUACUGAAGUGAAUUAGAAGGGGCACCGUGACCCCCGAUUUCCCUUUCCACUGGGUGUGAGUGUCUUCUGUCAGUAGGGAGUGCAUGUGACAGAGGGAGACUGGCUGCACAGCCUGGAAUGUUGGCCACACCAAGAGGAAAGAAGCACACAGAUGCCUUCCCAUUUUUAUAAACUCCCAGUGCAGCAAGUGCAGUGGAGGAAUGACCAAGGGGCAUGGAUAGGAAGUGUGUUUUGACUGACGUUGACAAUGAGUACAAAUUCACUUUCCUCUGCCAAGGGCACAGGCCGACGGGCUGUGCCUUUGUGUCCAGGACAAACUACAGAGCAGCUCUGUGACUUCUGUUCCUUUACACAAUAUGCUACCUCAAAGUGCUACCAAUAAACCUUUCUAACUGUAAGUGCUCUUGCUAAGGGCACAUGUCUUAAUCAAACUUUGGUGGGGUUUUUUGUUUGUUUUGGGUUUUCUUUUUUUGUAUAUUGAUGAAUGAAAUCUUGCCUAUUAAAUAUAUUAUUGGAUCAUGGUUCUUGCAGGUGAUUAAAGUUUGUGUGUGUGUGUGUGUGUUUUGUGACUUAAAUAUCUUUGAUGUGUGGGUUUUUUUUUUUAAGAGAUUUGGAGAGGAUAUGUACUUUUUUUCUGAUUUAUAUACUAACAAUCAGGGUCUAAGUCAAAUAAAAAUGUGUGUGCAUGUAUUUUA